UUUUUUGUCAUGAAAAGAAAUUGAUGAAAAAUUUCCGGCCAAGGAUAUAUAUUUGAAUUAUAAAAUAUGAUGUAUAUUAUCUUUGAACGGUACUUGAUCUCAUUAUCCUGCAGUAUCUUCCUCAAAGGAUAAAGGCAAAGUUUAACUGUAUAACCAUCAACAACAAGGGGUGGCAUUGAUCCCCUAUUUGAAGGCAUGCGCAGUAUUAUUUAUAUUCUUAUAAAAAUUAACACCCAAGCAUCGCAAUCAAAACAAACCAGUCGAGUUAAAGAUGCAGUAGGAAGAGGAUUUAAAUAAAAUUUUUUAUUUUUUACACAAACUUAAUUAAUUAGUUUAUUUAUAGAUAUAUAUUUAAAAUUUGAUAAUUCGACGAUGACUCCUGGAUUGGGUCAUGAUCCUUUGUCCAGUUACAAUAUAACGGCUCUCGGUAAUACAGCUUUAUGUCUGUGGCAACAACCACAACACAUCCUCUUUCAAUUGGCUAAUUUCUGCUUUGUAUUAUCCUACUCGGCACCAUCAUCAAAAAAGGGAAUACUUUUUAUGCAUACUGUUCUCAUUGUUGGUUUUAUGCUGUUAUCUGGAUGGGCAUGGCACGUAAUCUGUGCACCAGAUAUAUUUUCCUGGAAUUUUGCCUUUCUAGUAUUAAAUAUUGGCCAACUAGUUUACAUUGUUUAUCAAAUGAGACCAGUACACUUUGAUCCAGAGCUCGAAGAAGUUUAUCAUACGUUAUUUUAUCCAUUCAAGGUCUCUCGGAUGCAAUUCAAGAGAUUAGUGUCACCAGAAUUUGCAACAAUAAUGUCACUUCACGCAGGUGAAGCUUAUGCAAUGCAAAAUCUAACGAGAACAGACAGACUGGGACUAUUAUUAAGUGGAAAAGUUAAUGUUCUCAGUGAUUCAAAUUAUCUUCAUCCAAUUCUUCCCUGUGAAUUUUUGGAUUCGCCUGAAUUUGAAAGCUCUCGUGCUUCUGUUGACGAUAAAUUUAAAGUUUCUAUUGUUGCAGCAAGCUCAUGUAGAUAUUUGUACUGGCAAAGAUCAGCAUUAGAAUAUUUAUUAGUAAAGGAAGCAUACUUAGCAACCGUUUUAACGACUUUAGUGGCGAGAGAUAUUGCUACUAAACUCUAUGCUAUGAAUAAUAAGAUAGUUACAGAUAAAGGCUCCCAUUUAGAUAUAAGACUGCCUACAAUAAGUGCCGGUUUAAAUAUGACUGGGGAAUACCGAAGUCCACGUGCAUCUCGACAAGCUUUAAUGCGUCGUAAAGAAGGCAAACCAACCACCAAUAAUGUGGGUGGUGCUAAACCGAAAGAAAGGCCGGCUAAUAACCUGACGAAACUUGGCGCGCCUAACAUGGAACCGCUACCAGAGAUCCCGUCUUGUGAUGAUUUAGCUUCCAGUGGGGUUGAGAGCUGGCUCGAAUCCUCCAGCAAAUAUCACAGCUGUGAGAUUGUCGAUGAAGAGUAGCUUUUAAUUUUUCAUUAUUAUCAUUUAACAUAAACUAUUUAUUUAUUCAUUGAUUUAUGCAUGCGCAUCAUUACGAAAAAAAAAAAAUCCAAAAAUUGUAAUAAUUAACGGUCUUCCUUAUUUAUUUUUUAUGUCACUUCUUAAUUUUAUGAAUAUAUAUAAACAGCAUUUAUAAAUGAUACUGAAGUUAGCAGACGUUUAAUAAUUUUGGGAUUUUUUUUUAGACGAUAAACCAUAAAAAAUAAAA